UCCAUGUUUUCUUAGGUUUAGAAGAUAGAAAUAGUUUGUGUAGGUGGAAACCAGUUUGAGGUAUUUUCGGAACAUAAUACCGUUGAAUGAUAAUUUUAGAAAAUAGAUGAGAUUCUUAUUACUUUUCAUUUAUUCUUUAGCCUAAGUUUAUUCAAGUUUCUUCAGUCAUCACAUAAGGUUCUGUGGGUGAAGACUGUAGCAUCUCAAUCAUUCAUUUAAAGCAUCAGCAGAUAUUUCCAGAGAACUUCUUCUUCACUCUUAUCUUCCUCUCUUCUCCAACAUUUCCUUCAUUCUGGCUAUUGUCUUUUCCUAUGGCCGAUGCUUUAGUGGAAAGCGUGAUUGAAAAUUUGGGAUCUCUAGUCAAAGACCAACUUGCAAUUUACUGGGGUGUUGAUGAGCAGACUAAGAAGCUUUCCAGCAAUCUGAAAGCAAUCCGUGCUGUUCUCAGAGACGCUGAGAGAAAACAAAUAACAAGCUAUGCAGUGAAGGAUUGGCUGCAGAAACUCACAGAUGCAGCAUAUGUGCUUGAUGAUAUCUUGGAUGAAUGUUCAAUUCACUCCACAAAGAUGCACUCUGUUGAUGGUCAUACUUCACGCCUAUCCCGUCUCCAUCCUAAGGACAUUCUCUUCCGUUUUCAUAUCGGAAAGAGGAUGAGAGACAUCACCCAGAGAUUUCACAGCAUUCAUGAAGAAAGGCUCACUUUUGAAUUACGUGAGAGUGUCACAGAAAAGCAAGCCGUUGAUGAUGAUGAUUGGCGCAAAACUAGUUCUGACAUUACAGAACCUAUAGUCUAUGGCAGAGACCAGGGUCGAGAGCAAAUUUUGAAGUUUCUUUUAGAAGAUGCUAGUGACAGUGAAGACCUCUCCAUCUAUCCCAUAGUUGGCAUGGGUGGGCUUGGCAAAACAACACUUGCGAAGCAGGUCUUCAAUGAUGACAGGGUAUGCAAACAUUUUGACUUGACAAUUUGGGUCUGUGUUUCUGAUGAUUUCAACACUAAGGCAAUACUACAAUCCAUCAUAGAAUGUAUCACUGGACAAAAUCCCAAUCUCAAUAGCUUAGAAGCAAUGCGGAAAAAGGUUGAAGAAGCAUUGCACAACAAGAGGUAUUUACUUGUUCUUGAUGAUGUGUGGAAUGAAGAUCAAGAGAAAUGGAAGGAGUUGAAGGGGAAGUUGCAGUGUGCAAGGGGAGCCAAAGGAGCUACCAUUUUGGUCACUACUCGACUUGAGGAAGUUGUCUCCAUCAUGGGAACACAUUCUGCUUACCGUUUGACAGCGUUAUCAGAAGAUGACAGUUGGUCAUUGUUCAAACACCAUGCGUUUGGACCAAACAGAGAAGAAAGCGAAGAGCUUGUGACAAUCGGCAAAGAGAUAAUGAGGAAAUGCGUCGGUUCGCCACUUGCAAUCAAAACCCUGGCUAGCUGUUUGCGUGAUGAAAGUGAGGUAAGCCAAUGGGAAAAUGUAAAGAAAAGCGAAAUUUGGAAUAUACGAGAAGAAAGUAGUUCUGUGACAGGUGAUGAAAAUUCUAUUAUGCGUGUUUUGAAAUUGAGCUAUUCUAAUUUGAAGUCGUCUGUGAAGAGAUGUUUUUCUUUUUGUGCAAUAUUCCCCAAAGAUUGGGAGAUAAAAAAGGAAGAAGUAAUUCAUCUCUGGAUGGCUAAUGGAUUUAUUAAAUGCGAAGGAGAUGUAGAAGUGGAGGAUGUUGGAAAUAAAGUGUGGAAAAAAUUAUAUAGUAGAUCCUUUUUUCAAGAAGCAAAGUAUGAUGAAUUUGGUAUGAUCACAACUUUCAAGAUGCAUGAUCUAUUUCAUGAUCUUGCCCAAUCUAUUAUGGGCGAGGAAUGUGUGGUUAUUGUGGAAGGAAGGUUGACCCCAUUGUCAACUAGAGUUCACUAUUCAAGCUUGUUAAAUUCUGGUGUUUCUGUUGAUGUGUCUGAUUUCAGGCAAAGAUUUAUGACUGUUUUGAAGAAAGUUGAAUCUCUGCGUACUUUUCUUGAUAUUGGUGGUAUUGGCCGUGUGCCAACAAACCAUUGUCUCCAAGCAUUGCAAACAAGCUCUUCUUUGUUGUCCCCGCUCAAGGAUUUAACACAUUUGAGAUACUUGAGUUUGAGUUGGAAUUCGGAAGCAAGCUUAAAUAACUCAAUUUGUCACUUGCCAAAAUUGCAAAUAUUGAAACUGCAACAUCUGAGACAUCUUUAUGGACUACCCAAAGACUUGACACAAUUACAGGAUCUAAGACAUAUUGUGAUUAUUGAAUGUCCUUCAAUAGUAGAAAUGCCUCCCAAAAUUAGCAAGUUAAGGCAUCUAAGAACACUGAGCAUUUUUGUUGUGGGUUCAAAACCAGGAUGUGGGUUAGCGGAGUUGCAUAGUUUAAAACUUGGAGGCACACUGAGAAUUAGAGGCCUUGAAAACGUCUCCAACGAAUGGGAUGCUAAAGAAGCAAAUUUGAAGAGCAAGAAGGAUUUGAAUCGCCUGCACUUGUCAUGGGAUGGUAGUGCUAAUUCAAAAGGUAAUAAUGUUAGUGCAGAGAUAAUAUUGGAAGCCUUGGAGCCUCCCUCAACUCUGAAGAGUUUUGGGAUGAAUGGAUAUGAAGGAAGACGGUUAUCAAAUUGGAUGAGAAGUGUUGUAGUUCUGAAAGACUUGGUGGAAGUUAAGCUCUUCAACUGUGACAACUGUGAGGAGCUUCCUCCACUAGGUAAACUGCCACACUUGAAAAGGCUAGUGGUGAGUGGAAUGAAAAAUGUGAAGUGGAUAGAUGGUGAGACCUAUGACGGCGUGGAGGAGAAGGCAUUUCCAUCAUUGGAGAAAUUGAGUGUGGAGAAUUUACCAAAUUUGGAGAGGUUGUUGAGGGAUGAAGGAGUAGAGAUGCUCCCUCGUCUUUCCCAAUUAACAAUUUUUGGCGUCUCCAACCUUAAAUUUCCACGUCUUCCUUCUGUUGAGAUACUUCUUGCUAGAAGCAUUGACGAAGUGACUAUGGAAGGGGUUGUGGGGAAUAUGACUUGUCUAAAGACCUUGGACAUUCAAAUCAUUAACGGAGCGGUGGUAUUACCCGACCAACUCAGUGGGUUGGAUGCACUACAGGACCUACGCGUUGGUUAUUGGAAUGAUUUGGAGUACUUCCCAGAACAUGUGUUGGAAGGUCUAACUUCUCUUCGAACUUUGUCUAUUAGUUACUGUCAUAAAUUAAAAUCCUUAUCUGAAGGUGUUGGACAUUUGGCUCGUCUUGAGAGUUUGUCUAUCCGCUAUUGUCCAGAGUUGAUGGAUCUACCAAGCAAUAUGAGCCAACUAACUACCCUUUGGAAGGUCUCAAUCGCGGGUAGCUCGUCAUUACCGUAUGGCUUACAACGUGCCCCCUCCCUACGAACUUUGAAUAUAACAUUUUGCAAAUGUACUUCAUUGCCGGAUUGGCUGGGAGACAUCACUUCUCUUCAACAAUUAAGCAUUGACUAUUGUAUGGAGUUGAGGUCACUGCCGAGUAGCAUUCAACGCCUCACCAACUUGUCUUCUUUACGUAUAUACAAUUGUUCUCAUCUGGAGAAGCGGUGCAAGAGGGAAACAGGAGAGGAUUGGCAAUACAUAAACCACAUUCCAAAAAUAGAACUACAUUUCCCGAAGAAACCGACUUUUUGUGCUUAAAGAUCCAUCAUUAAGGAGUAUCAUCUGGAGGGGAAGUAAGAAAAGGGAUAGAAUGUUACAUUGCUUGGAAGAUUGAUUUGGGAUCUUUUGAACUCUGCUAAUCGGUUAUGGCUUUCCUUCAUGAAUUCAAUAUACUUUGGGAAUGACAACUUCUUUAUUCUUGAGCUGCAAGAAGAAGGGAUUCCAUCAUCAAGCUGUCGAAACCUUUUUGAAGAUGUUCUUCUUUUUCUAGUCUAUUUUUUUCACAAUACGAAUGACAUUUUUUAUAUUUUUAAAUCUCCUCGGAUAACCUGCAAAAUAAAAUGUACAUUGCUUCUAUAAUUAUUAUACUCGUUAUAUUCCAAACACCCAGCAUAAGUUAGUUAAAGU